AUGCAACUAAGCACCCCAGCCUGGAUGGCUAAUGGCACAGCAAUGAAUACCUGUGACUACAAUCAGCCUUUAUACUGUGCCACAGUAAUCUAUACCCUGAAUAUUCUCAUAGUCAUCAUUGCCCUGGUUGGUAUGGCAGGAAAUGCCAUUGUGCUGUGGCUCCUGGGCUUCUGCUUGCACAGGAAUGCCUUCUCUGUCUACAUCCUCAACCUGGCUGGUGCCGACUUCCUCUUCCUCUUCUUUCACACUCUGUAUUCCCUGGAAAAAAUACUUUGUCAUCACCAUAUAAUACAUAUUGAUGUACCCAUCCAUUUCCUUACAGUGUUAAAUUGUGCUUAUUUGGCAAGUCUAAGCAUGCUCAGUGCCAUUAGCACCGAGCGCUGCCUGUCUGCCCUGUGGCCAAUAUGGUACCGCUGUCAAAGACCAAGACACGCAUCAGCUGUCAUAUGUGCCUUGCUCUGGGCCUUGUCCCUGAUAUUGGGCCUCCUGGAAGGAAGUUCAUGUGGAGCCUUCUUUAAUGACUUAGUUUUGGCUUGGUGUAAGAAAUUAGAUUUCAUCACUUUUGCUUGGUUAAUUGUUUUAUUUGUGGUCCUCUUGGGGUCCAGCCUGGCCCUGAUGCUCAGGGUCUUCUGUGGCUCACACAGGAUUCCUGUGACCAGGCUGUAUGUGACCAUUGCCCUCACAGUGCUGGUCUUCCUUGCCUUUGGUUUGUCCUAUGGUAUCUACUGGUUCCACUUAUUUUGGGUCAAAGGCAUUCAUAUCAAUUCCUCUUGCCGUGUUUUAGAAAUGACAAUAUUCCUAUCCUGCUUUAACAGUUGUGCCAACCCCAUCAUUUACUUCCUUGUUGGGUCCAUUAGGCAUCACCGAUUCCAGAGGCAGACUCUGAAGAUGCUUCUGCAGAAAGCCAUGCAGGACACUCCUGAGAAAGAAGGUGGAGAGAGGAGUUCUUCCGGACAGGAAAUAGUCUAG